CAUUUAGGCAACUUUGAGAAAAGGCAUUUUUAAUGUCGGAGCCUGGUCGUUACUAGUUACCACAGCCACAAAGUAAUACGCCCCACCUAUAUUUCUACAGUGUAUCUUCUUAAAUGUGAUUUUAAACUUAACUAAAAAUGUGCUUUUUGGGUUGGUUUUCAUCACACAUAUAUAUAUAUAUAUAUAUUGCCAUUCAGACUUUGGGAACGGUUGUGCCUGUUUUUCACACGUGUAUCUGCUCUCUCAUUGGCUAGAGUGGUCCCACCUGAUCUUGCCCCCUCCCGACUGCCUUCCAUUUUUUAAGAAAUUUUCAUUGUACCAUAUCUGGACAAUAUAAUGGACAAUAUGUGGUAAUGCUACUGCUGUUUUAAUGUUCGUUUAAUGACAUUUAAAUAGUUUAUUUUUCAACAUGACCAUGGACCUAACUUUUCUGGGGACAGGGUCGGCAUAUCCUUCCCCCCAUCGUGGCGCUUCUGCCCUCGUACUCAGAACAGAAGGGGAGUGUUGGCUGUUUGACUGCGGAGAAGGGACGCAAACUCAACUGAUGAAGAGUCAAUUGAAGGCUAGCCGAAUCACCAAAGUGUUCAUCUCUCACCUGCAUGGUGAUCAUCUCUUUGGUCUACCAGGGCUACUGUGCACUGUGAGCCUAAACCUCAACCCCUGUCCCACCCAGCCUCCAACAUGUGUGGAUAUCUAUGGUCCCCAGGGUCUCAGGCAGUUCCUGAGGGUGGCAUUAGAGCUCACCAGCUCCCAGCUUCUCUUCCCCUAUUCAGUACAUGAGCUAGAGCCCACCACUGACCAGUGUCCUACAGAGGGUCAGCUAAGCCCUGACGUCACAGCAGAUUCUGGGCGUCUCCAUCCCCAAGAACGCGCCGGCCGAACAAUCUCCCUGGAUGUCAACAGUGACUGCUAUGUUAUACUGGAGGAGAAGCGUUUUGUUGUGAAGGCGUUCCGUUUGUUCCAUCGGGUACCCUCCUUUGGGUUCUCUGUUCAAGAACAUGAUUGGCCAGGGCGUUUGAACACCGAACUACUGAAGGAUCUUGGUUUGAAGCCUGGACCACUCUAUGGACGACUGAAAGCUGGUGAGUCAGUGACAUUGGAAAAUGGACAAGUGGUGAAGCCCAGUGAGGUGCUGGAGGAAGCCAUUCCGGGGAGAAAAGUUUGUGUUUUAGGGGAUUGCAGCUCAUUAUUGGGGGAGGGACCCCUGAGGGCCUGUCACAGAGCUGACAUCCUGGUGCAUGAGGCCACCCUGUCAGAUGAGCAUCGGGAGAAGGCAGUGGACCAUGGGCACAGCACACCUAGUAUGGCAGCUGCAGUGGCACAGGCCUGUUGUGCACGUAUGCUGGUGCUCUACCAUUUCAGUCAGAGGUAUAAGCCGGCCGGCCAGCACAAAGAGGGUGAUGAGGAUGAUGUCUUGGAGCUCAGGAGACAAGCUGAGGAGGCUUUGCAGGGCACAGGCAUAGAGGUGACCCUGGCGGAGGACUUUCUCAUGAUACCCAUACCCCUCAUAAGGCUUCACUGAGGCCUUACACUUGGUAGUUAUGAUAAAUACUGUAAACAAAAGCCAGAGUGAGCAGGUUGUGUGAAUUAAGCAUCGAAUGAAUUACUUGGUGUCUGGGAAAUAUUUAGUAAAUUGUCUGAAUAAAAAAAGUAUUGACUGUU